AAGAAGCAAAAAGGGGAGAAGGCAUAAAAGCAGAAGAAAUAAUUAAAUAAAAAAUAAAGGAAACUUCAAGAGAGAGAUUGGAAUAUAAUCCUUUUGUGUGUAUCUCUCAGCCGUGAAGAUCGCAUCCACUACACCAUUUCCUGUCACAAUCACACACCUCCAUAAACAUUCUCCAAAAUUACCGCUUUACUACUCCUAUCACACAAACACAAAAACACCAAAUAUUGAAAAAUACCCAAAACAAACGGCAAAUAACGGACAAAAAAGUAGCAGAAAAAACAAACAAACCUCUUCCAUCUUCACACUUGCUACUUCACCGCCAGUAAUGCCCAUAUCCACACUAUGAAACCAUGAAUAAUAUGUCAUCUGGGCCACCACCGGAGCAGCAACCCGACCCACCACCACCAAAACCACCACAAAUAGUCCGUAAACUCGUAGUGGAAAUUUUUGACGCUAGGAAUCUACUACCAAAAGACGGGCAAGGCAGUUCUAGCCCAUAUGUUGUGGUGGAUUUUGAUGGUCAAAAGAAGCGUACCUCAACUGUGCACAGAAAUCUUAACCCAGAAUGGAAUGAAGGUCUGGAAUUCAUUAUUUCUGAUCCAAGAACAAUGGAAUUUGAAGAGCUGGAUAUUGAGGUUUUUAAUGAUAAGAGGCUGAGCAAUGGAAAUGCAAGGAAGAAUCAUUUUUUAGGGAGAGUUAAGCUUUAUGGGAGUCAGUUUGCUAGGAGAGGUGAAGAGGGUUUGAUUUACUUUCCUUUAGAGAAAAAGAGUGUUUUUAGUUGGAUUAGAGGCGAGCUUGGUUUGAAGAUUUAUUACUAUGAUGAAAUGGUGCAAGAACAAGAAGAACCACCACCACCGCAACCGGAACAACAACAACAACAACAACAACAGCUGCAGCAGCAACAACCACCACAAGAAGAAGUGAAGAAAACCCCUGUUUAUGUUGUAAUGGAAGAGCCGCGUCAUAGGAUGCUCGAAGUUCCUAUGAUGAUGCCUACCGAGGUUCCCAUGGAAGGACACACACAGGAGCAUUCUCCACCUAUCGUUACAAUUGAGGAAUCUCCACCACCACAGAUGAAUAUGCCACCGGAACAGCAGCAACAACAGUUUCUUCACAGGCAUGAAGAGGGCCCACAAGUGAUGAUGAGUGGGCCACCACCUGAUCAGUAUCCAGCGCCAGAAGUGAAACGGAUGCAAGCGGGUAGAGCUGGAGAAAGAUUAAGAGUCAUGAAACGACCAAACGGAGACUAUUCGCCACGUGUAAUCUCCGGUAAAGUCGGAGUUGAAUCCGAAAAAAUCUCUGCCUUCGACCUCGUUGAACCAAUGCAAUACCUCUUCGUUAGAAUUGUUAAAGCUAGAGGUCUUGCACCAAGUGAAUGCCCAUUCAUAAAGAUCCGUACAUCAACCCAUUUCCUCCGGUCAAAACCCGGAAUUAUCCGACCCGGUGAAGCUUAUUCCAAUCCAGAGUGGCAACAGGUCUUUGCUUUAGGCUACAACAAACAAGAGACAACCAAUUCAACACUUGAAAUUUCAGUUUGGGAUAGGGCUUCCGACCAUUUCUUAGGUGGGGUCUGUCUCGACCUUUCCGAUGUACCAGUGAGGGACCCACCUGAUAGUCCUCUUGCUCCUCAAUGGUAUCAGCUUGAAGGUAGUGCUGAUGACCAACACAAAGUUUCAGGUGACAUUCAGCUUUCUGUUUGGAUUGGAACUCAAGCAGAUGAUGCAUUUCCUGAAUCUUGCAGCUCAGACGCGCCGUACGUGGCCCACACGCGCCCAAAAGUGUAUCAAUCUCCUAAGUUAUGGUAUCUGAGGGUUACAGUGAUUGAAGCUCAGGACCUUCACAUUGCUCCCAAUUUACCCCCGUUGACUGCACCGGAGGUAAGAGUCAAAGCUCGGCUGGCGUUUCAAUCGGUGAGGACUCGACGAGGGUCCAUGAAGCAUCACAGUUCCGCGUUCCACUGGAAUGAAGAUUUGAUAUUCGUUGCCGGUGAUCCACUUGAAGACAGCCUCUUUUUGCUUGUGGAAGACUGUACGACGAAGGAGCCAGUGCCUCUCGGGUACAUAAUAAUUCCCGUGAGCUCGAUUGAGCAACGACUCGAUGAGCGACUUGUGCCAGCUAAGUGGUUCGGAUUAGAAAGUGGGCCUGGUGGGGCUUACUGUGGAAGGCUACACUUGAGGAUGUGCUUAGAAGGAGGAUAUCACGUGCUUGACGAAGCAGCGCACGUGUGUAGUGAUUUCAGGCCCACGGCUAAGCAGCUAUGGAAGCCUGCUGUUGGUAUUUUGGAGCUGGGUAUUCUUGGAGCUCGCGGGUUGUUACCUUUGAAAUCCAAGGGUCCGGGAAAAGGAUCCACAGAUGCUUAUUGUGUUGCAAAAUAUGGUAAGAAAUGGGUCAGGACUCGGACUUUAACUGAUACGUUUGACCCACGUUGGAACGAGCAGUACACGUGGCAAGUAUACGAUCCUUGUACAGUUCUUACAAUUGGAGUAUUCGACAAUAGGCGUAUGUUUGCUGAUGGGUGUGAUAAUCAGCCUGAUUUCCGUAUAGGAAAAGUACGUAUACGAGUCUCUACAUUAGAGAAUAACAAAGUGUACACAAAUUCCUAUCCGCUGCUAGUUCUGUCGCGGUCGGGGUUGAAGAAAAUGGGUGAAAUCGAAGUAGCAAUUCGAUUUGUUUGCCCAUCACUGUUACCAGAAACAUGUGCUGUUUAUGGGCAGCCAGUGUUACCAAAGAUGCAUUAUCUACGCCCACUCGGGGUGGCUCAACAAGAGGCAUUGAGAGGGGCAGCUAUCAAAAUGGUUGCAUCAUGGUUAGCUCGAUCCGAGCCACCUUUGGGACCAGAGGUAGUUCGCUACAUGUUGGAUGCGGAUUCUCACACGUGGAGCAUGAGGAAGAGUAAGGCUAAUUGGUUCCGGAUAGUAGCCGUGUUAGCUUGGGCUGUUGGGUUAGCAAAAUGGUUGGAUGACAUUAGAAGGUGGAGAAAUCCAGUAACAACCAUACUAGUCCAUGUUUUAUACUUGGUGCUUGUUUGGUAUCCAGAUUUGAUUGUCCCCACCGGGUUUUUGUACGUGUUUUUAAUCGGUGUGUGGUAUUACCGGUUCAGGCCUAAAAUACCCGCAGGUAUGGAUACCCGAAUAUCCCAAUCGGAAACAGUCGACCCGGAUGAAUUGGAUGAGGAAUUCGACACAAUGCCAAGUUCAAAACCACCCGAAAUAAUUCGGAUGCGUUAUGACAGAUUGAGGAUAUUGGCAGCAAGGGUCCAAACGGUUUUAGGUGAUUUUGCAACACAAGGAGAAAGGGUCCAAGCAUUGGUCAGCUGGAGGGACCCAAGGGCCACAAAAUUGUUCAUCAUCCUGUGCUUAAUUAUAACAAUAGUCCUAUAUGCAGUGCCACCAAAAAUGGUAGCAGUGGCCCUUGGAUUCUACUUCCUGCGACAUCCUAUGUUCAGGGACCCAAUGCCACCUGCAACUUUGAAUUUCUUUAGGAGACUUCCAAGUUUAUCUGACCGCUUGAUGUAGUACACAGUCACUAGUCACUACACUCUGCUGAGUAAAUAAAACUUUAGUCAACAAUUAUUUUAUGGGCCCCAUCAAUUGCGGAGUGUGUGAAAAUCUCCUUUUUUCACAAUGCUUGAAAAGGUGGGGGUUUUCAUCACAUACAACAUUGGAAGAAGUGAAAAGUGUAGGGUGAAAGGGCAAGUGGCGAUGAUUGACUAACUGUUGGAAUAAGAAAGAAAAAGGAGGAAACCAUGGGGCGGGUAAGAAGACUCAUGAGUGCGAGAUUAAAGGGCUGAGAUUUUUGAAAGGACAAGAUUAUUUUUGGCUGUAAUUUUUGUCGUCAAAAGUAUUGACAUUGAUUUCUAUUCCACAUAUAUAAAAAUGAAAGAUAAUGAUAUCUUUCUUUUGUUGCAUUGCAA